UCGUGCGGGGCUUCUUUUGACUUGCGGGGCUACUUUGGACACAUAAGCUUUUAGCAGUUUUUAAAAUAAAUGCUUCUCUAAAGUUAUAUUUUGUAUUUGGCAUUUUAACGUACACUAUUUUCCUCGCUACUUUACAUUGUCCCUUUACAAAAAACGGUUAUCAGUUGUUGUCAGAAUAAAAAAACACUUCAAGUUUCGAGACGAGGUGAUUUGCAGCUCCCGAAAAAUUUGUGUGUUUUACAGCUUUCCCACUGUGCUUAAAUUCCGGUAAGUUAAUAAGCAUGUCUUAAAAUUAGUUAUCUUUCGUAUUUCAGCAUAAACACCAGUUAUUUGUCGAUGAAUUAGAUGAUUUUGUAAAAAAAAUACACGCGCCGUAGAAUAUUUUAACAUUGAUCAAAUUUGUAAGGUUAUGUUGUUUACUUUUUUUAGGUUCAGAAAUGGUGCGAACCUACCGAAAGGCAGAUCGAUCUCGGAAGUAUACCAUACUUUCUGGAAUCGACAGCAAGGAAUGCCUCGAAAAAGUGAGAGCCGGAAAGAUGUCCCCUACAUAUGCAGCCAAACAACUGAACUGCAGCCGGCAAACUAUUUACAACAAGCUGCGUGAAUCGCACCAUAGAACUCCUGGUCACCAAAAAGUGUUUACGGAUGCGGAGGAAGCUUCGUUUUCGGACCACCUCUGUGCACUGUCCGAGUGGGGCUUUCCCGUCGGAACAGACGAUCUUCGAGAAGUUGUGCGAGUCUAUCUGGCGAAGCAGAACCGACAGGUUCCAACUUUCGUGAACAACAAACCAUCACGGGACUGGGUAGCACGCUUCCUUCGCGACCAUCAGGAACUGAGCAAACGAUUCGCCCAAAAUAUUAAGUUGAGUCGAGCAGGAGUCACUCGUGAGUCUGUCGAGGAGUAUAUGGUCAACUUGAAGGAUUCUCUCGAAGAAGUUCCCGCUUCCAACAUCUUCAAUUAUGACGAGACAAAUCUAUCGGAUGAUCCGGGAAAGAAGCUCGCCAUAUGCAAACGCGGCUUGAAAUAUUUUGAAAACGUGAGAAAUUUCAGCAAAUCUGCAACAUCCGUAAUGUUUUGUGGUAGUGCGACCGGACAGCUGUUGCCACCAUAUGUGGUGUUUAAGGCAGAGCACUUAUGGGACUCUUGGACACGAAAUGGCCCUCCAGGAACACGCUACAAUCGUAGUGCUUCCGGAUGGUUCGAUGAAAAGAUUUUUGAAGAUUGGUUCAAAACGCUUUUCUUGCCAGCAACAAGACAUUUGAAAGGACCAAUUGCUUUAAUUGGAGACAACCUAUCCUCUCACUUGAAUCCAACAGUUAUCGAGAUAUGCCGACAAAAAAAUAUACGAUUCAUCUGCCUGCCUCCCAAUGCAACUCAUCUGACACAACCGUUGGACGUUGCCUACUUUGGGCCAAUGAAGCGAGAGUGGCGAAAGGUUCUGGGACGUUGGCGUGCCUCCAGGGAGGGGUCGAAAAAUGCAACGAUCCCAAAAGGCAGACUAGGAAGCCUAAUCACCGAACUUCAAACAGCAAUGGCUCCGAAAACCAGCCGUAUUCUAGUUUCAGGUUUCAGGAAAUGCGGAAUUGUUCCUUGGAACCCACACGAGCUCCUUAGUCAGUUGCCGGUCGUGGACGUUAAAAUCGAUUUGGUUGGAGAUUCGUUCAAAGAAUUUUUGAAAGAACAUCGCGAUGACGUCAUCGGAUCUACACCCGGACAUCAACCGAAAAAGAAAUUGAAAGUAUCACCAGGAAAAAGUAUUUCACCUAACGAAGUUCUUAAACGAGAUCCGAAGCCGACUUCUACGACGCCUGCAAUACGCGGAAGAAAGCCCAAACAUUUGACACCCGAUGAUAAACCUCGCCAAAAUGCUGAAAGCAAAUCGAAACAGCCCACCAAACGAGGAAGGAAACCGAAAAAGGCUGCGCUGCAGUGAAACGUUAACAGUACCUAUGAUUUGAGUCUUUUAUUAUUUUUGCGUAUACUUAAUUCAAGUUUUGUUUUAUUUGCUUAAAAUUAUCACUAUUACUGUAAAUUCGAUAAAAGUAAUCAUAAUUUGCCGAAAGGAAUGAAUUUCGUUUCGAAUUUCGAUAAUUUUUGAUGAGUGUCAAAAGUAGCCCCCAUGGCAUUUAACAGACGAAUUUUUGAUGACUAUAUGAACGAUUUUUUUGUUUUUCAAUAGAUUUUGCUCAAAUUUGGGCGAUAUGUUAUGUACAUAACUACGUUAAAUAUGUGUAAAAAUUAAUGAAAUCCAUUAACUUUCAUACGAGUUAUAUUUUCUUGAAGUUAGAAAAUCGAAGAAAUGUGUCAAAAGAAGCCCCGCACGA